AGCAGCAGGUUUAGGAGACACUUCCUUGCUUUCCGGCUACAUCUAACGAUCUUGUUAACAAACCUCCUCCAUCCUUCAAUGUUUACGCAAUUCAGAUAUACAACAGAUAUUUCUUUCAACAAGAGGGCUCGAAGUUCAGUGGAUGCUCAGAUUGACGGUGAACCUGAAGCCCCUAUCUUCAAUGCGCAAGCUACGGAGCGGGGUAAGCAACCACGACGACAUGGGAACGUACACAGACAAGAGGGAAAGUUGCAACAUCUGUUGGGUAUGCCUACGGAUAUUCUCUAUGAGAUCUUCGCUCACAUGGGACCUGGAGAGCUACUGAACCUAGCACGUACGAGUAAGGCGUUACGGGCCCUUCUCAUGAAACGCGAUGCUGCUCCGUUCUGGGCUGCAGCUCGUCGCACGGUCGAAGGGUUGCCUGAUUGCCCGCCCUUCCUGAGUGAACCGGAAUACGCUAACUUAUGUUUCGACUCUCAUUGUCACCGAUGUCUUAAACCCAAUGUCCGCUCUAUUACCUGGGCAUGCUUGAAGCGGUAUUGCCCUGACUGCAGAAAACAAAUGAUUGUCAGGAAAGGCUCGCAAUGUCUUUCCGUCCCUCUCCAACCAGGCAUGGAUGUCACAUUACCAGUGCCCACUCACCUCAUAAAAGAAUCUCGCGAUUAUUCCUCGAGCUGGAUUGAUGUCCUUGAAUUGGAAUCGCUCAAAGAGCAAUAUCUCAACGUACAGCCAGAACAACGCAUGGAGUGGCUUUCUCAGCAGGAUCGGCGAGUCGCUCAAAUUACAGAGUUCGCUGAUCGUUGUAAGACCUGGUAUGCGGAUGCUCGUCAAGCACGUUCAGAUGAUAUUCGUGCGAAAGGAACAAUUCGUUUGAAUGCCGUUAUGGACAAGCUUCGAGAUAUUGGCUGGGGUGACGAACUUGAUCGGAUACUAGCUUGUGAGGACGAGAACCCGCUAGUCAAGCUCCCCGAAGUUAAUAAGCCGACAAAGCUUACUAGUUCAAGCUGGAGCCAUAUCAAAGAUGCCGUGGUGAGAUUCAUGGAGGAACAACGAGAUAAGCGACUUUCUGCGGAGCGCUGUGACAUCCUCAAGACUCGCUUUAAGCUUUUCAAAGAGACUUGCUCCUCUUGGAAGUUAGGUGCACUGGCUCCUCCGGUACUCUUUCUCGAGCACACUCCCGAAGUCCGCGCUGUCAUCGAUGUCCCAAAUGCCAUUCUGUUGAAUGAGAACGACUUCGAGGACAUACGCAAUUUGAUGCCAGAUCUUAUCCAACGAUGGGUGCAAACACGCAAAGCUCUUCUUUCAGAUCAGCUCAAAAAGGUUCAUUCACUUUCGGAAAAUCUCGAGCUGGGCGACCUCGCCAUAACGGCAUCCUAUGUAUGCAAGCAUUUCGCCUGUUACUCUAGACUGCUCUCAUACACAGAGGCAUUGAACCAUCGUUGCUCUGCGUAUAAGAGUAGCUCAAAUCAGACUAAUGCCGAUGAUUACGAGGAGGUUCUUUCCGAGUUUGUGAGUUUAGAAGAACUCAGGAGUCUCCCUCACUAUCUCGACGUACCACACAUCCUUGCACAGCGGGUCAUCGAAGCUUGUGGUCAAGAUCAUCUCCGGGUGACUGCAUCGCAAAUGGACAAGCUUCCCGUCCGUUUGUCUUGUCCAUAUGAAUGCGCUGGGCCCGAUGUGCGCGCUAUCAUGUCAUGGCGAGCUGCGAUUGUUCAUCUUUUUGACCAUCUGUGCCGCUUGUCCGCCCCAUAUCCAGCUCCUUUGUGUCCUGUUUUCUUGAUAUCUCCAGAUGUCAAUGAACUUGCCAGCAACAUUCCACCUAUUGAGAGGUGUUCUGAAGACGAUGUAGCCAAAUUGACACUCUGUCAGCAAUCGUCUGGUGAUAAGGAGACACAGAAGACGGCGACAAACUCGUUGUGUUUUUGCGUACACUGUCCGCAUGCGACCUGGGCUGGGAAUACAAAACAAGAGACGGAGGCACAUCUUCGUGAUGUGCAUGAUAUCCACAUUCCUUCUCUACACACGGAUUACUACUACGAUCCUGAUUCAAGAUGGGUGUCCCGUCCUUUCUACAUCAUUUCUAAUAAAGCCGAUAUAGCUGGAUUACCUCAGCACCUACAGAAAGCAUUGGAUGAUGGAGAGGCCGUUGUCUCUGCCUUUUCCAAGGAGAAAAUGUGACUCAUGGAGUCCCCGGCAUGUCGCUUGAAGUCCCGAAAGUAGGUUCCUGUAUAAUCUGAACGUAUGUGUGUUAUGAAGAAUGCACUAAACGUAUAAAAUACCAUUACCAAC